CACCACCUGUGAGAGGAGCCUUUCCCCACCAAUGUGAGUGAGGGAUCCUCACCUUACUGUGGUCCCCAAAAGAGAUGGCAGAGUGGCAGGAGCAAGGAGAAGCAAUGGCUUCUGCCUCUUCCCGAGCAGGUCCAAGGGCAUGUGAGCACCCUCGUGGCUAUGGCCUGACAUGUCACAGCAUCACAGAAUGCCAGCCAAGCAGCACGCUAAGGAGCCAUUCCCUACAGAGGCUGGGAAAGAUGCGGUUCAAGAUGGAAAGCGUCCUGCUGUCUCUUCUUUUCUGGUCCAGAGCCGUGAUGGCCCUCUCGCCAGGAGAGGAUGAGAGACUGGAGCUGUGGCACAGCAAGGCUUGCAAAUGUGAUUGCCAAGGAGGUGCUAACUCGGUGUGGUCCAGCGGGUCUAACAGCUUAGAAUGCAUGCCAGAGUGCCCCUACCACAAGCCCCUCGGCUUCGAGUCUGGCGCCGUCACCUCCGACCAGAUCAGCUGCUCCAACCCUGAGCAGUACACGGGCUGGUACUCCUCCUGGACAGCCAACAAGGCUCGCCUCAACGGGCAGGGCUUCGGGUGUGCCUGGCUCUCCAAGUACCAGGACAACGGGCAGUGGCUGCAGAUAGACCUGAAGCAGGUGAAGGUGAUCUCCGGGAUCCUCACCCAGGGGCGCUGCGACGCCGACGAGUGGAUGACCAAGUACAGCAUGCAGUACCGCACCGACGAGAGCCUCAACUGGGUCUACUACAAGGACCAGACCGGCAACAACCGGGUGUUCUACGGCAACUCGGACCGCUCGUCCUCGGUGCAGAACCUGCUGCGGCCGCCCAUCGUGGCGCGCUACAUCCGCCUGAUCCCGCUGGGCUGGCAUGUGCGCAUCGCCAUCCGCAUGGAGCUGCUCGAGUGCCUGGGCAAGUGCGGCUGAGCCCUGCCUGCCGGGGGCACCUGC